AUGAGCGAUGCAAUGACAAAGCUAGUGAAUGAGCUUGUUAAUGGAAACAUCAAGCAGAAGCUGUAUGAUUCUCUGAAGAUCAAGCUCUUCAGACUGUUGAAGCUCACUCAUCUUUAUUACUCAAACAGACCAACGCUAGACGACCCGAUUAAACGUCUUAUCUCUGAAUUCAAUAAGCUGAGAGGCGAAGUCGCACUUGGGAACAACAACCCAGAGUUGAUCGAGGAGCUCAAGCAGAUAACAAUCGAUCUGCACGAGAACAAACUUAUUAGUCCAAGUGAUUUCCAAGCCAUGAUGACUCAUCUCUGA